CCGGCAACCUCCGCUGCUGCUUCUACACGCCUCAACCAAAGGACCCGGGUCUAUAUGCUUUCUCUUAACAAAAUGCGGACAAAGUUUCAUUAACUCCCUUCGGCUGAAAGGAGGAAAUGCACAGGAGGAAAUGGUUCGGGUAACCUACUAUCAAAUGAAUAUAGUAGGUCAAAUAAAAUAAGGAGAAGGCAACUCAACACUUCCAUUUAAGAGGGAUUAACAAAAACGCAUCGAAGACAGUGGACAUUAAGUAGGGGAGUCCCAGCUGUGUGUGGGUAAGCUGGACUGUGGCCCACUGCAGCAGGGGAACACAGUAUAAAUCACAAUGGAGCCCCAGACAGAGCGCUCCCUACAGGCCAGGUGCAUGACGGCGUGUUGCUCCCACUGCACCCUGAAGGCACGGCUGCCGAUCCUGGGGUGGUUGCCCAGGUACCGCCUGGCCUGGCUGCAGAUGGACCUGAUCGCUGGGGCCACGGUUGGGCUGACCACUGUGCCCACUGCGCUGGCCUACGCGGAGGUGGCUGGCCUACCUGUGCAGUACGGCCUCUACUCUGCUUUCAUGGGCGGAUUCGUCUACUGCGUUUUCGGGACGGCGAAGGACCUGACGCUGGGCCCGACGGGGAUCAUGUCCCUCCUGUGCGCCUCGCACGUGCACCACGACCCCGUCUACGCCGUGCUGCUCACCUUCCUGUGCGGCGUCAUCCAGGUGAUCAUGGCCAUGCUGAGGCUGGGGUUCCUGUUGGACCUCAUCUCCCACUCGGUGAUCAAGGGCUUCACCUGUGCCGCUGCGGUCACCAUCGGUGUGGGACAGCUGAAGAACAUACUGGGACUCGGGGAUGUUCCGCAGCAGUUCUUCCUGCAGAUCUACCACACGCUCCGCAAGGCACCCGAGUCCAGGGUGGGCGACGUGAUCCUAGGCCUGCUCUGCCUUGGCCUGUUGGUGGCGCUGGCACACAUGAAGAACUCCCUGGAACACGGGUCAGGGGACCCAUCAGGCCACAUCCUGCUACAUGGCCUUGCCACAGGACGCUGCGCCCUGGUGGUGGUCACAGCCACCGCCGUGGCGUACGCCUGCGAGGUGUCCGGGCACAGGGUGUUCACCAUCAUGGGCAGCACCUCCCAGGGCCUCCCGCCGCUCAGAGCCCCGCCCUUCUCUGAGACCACGCCCGAUGGUGCGGUGAUCACCUUCGGGGAGAUUGCGCAGGAUCUAGGGGCAGGCCUGGUAAUUAUUCCACUUAUGGGACUGCUGGAGAGCAUUGCUAUAGCAAAGGCCUUCGCCAGCCAGAACAACUACCAUAUCGACACAAACCAGGAGGUCUUCGCAAUCGGCCUCACUAACAUCCUGGGUUCCUUCGUCUCUGCGUACCCCGUUACAGGCAGCUUUGGAAGGAGCGCAGUGAACUCGCAGACUGGGGUGUGCACCCCAGCGGGGGGCGUCGUGACUGGUGUGAUUGUGCUGCUCUCCUUGGCCUUCCUCAUGCCGCUCUUCGGCUACGUCCCCAAGGCCGCCCUGGCUGCUGUCAUCAUCUCCUCCGUGGCCCCCCUCGUGGACCUUAAUGUGGCCCAGGAGAUCUGGAAGGACAAGGGGCUGAAGGAGCUGCUACCUUUUGUUGUGACCUUCCUGGCCAGUUUCUGGGAGGUGCAGUACGGGAUUGUGGCGGGAGUGGCUGUUUCCAGCGUGCUCUCUCUGCACAGUUUCACAGGACUGAGCUUUAGAAGGACUCAUGAAGACUCUGGGUCACACAACUUGUGACUUGUGUGAAAAAAAUUGAACACAUUUGUGCGUCUCACGCAUUGGCCAUUUUUCCUUUCCAAACUCUCACGCUGUUUCUGAUCUGAAACUAUCAAUGUCAGGUUGCGUUCCUGAAGAUAUUUCUUUCAUGAAAUUCCACUAAACGCCUUGGGAGAAACUUGAGCAAUGCAAACAUGCAUUGAGCAAUGCAGACGGGUUUAUGAGAGUUCCACUUUCGUGUUUACUGAAAUGUGCUGAAAGCGUGAAGGAAUGGUUUUGAACUUUGUACGUUUUGGAUGCACAGCAUGACAGGAAACUACAGCUGAACCUUUUCAGCAGGCAAAUAGGCACAAAUACUGUUCUCCUGGUCAUAUGUGCUAAGGAAAGAGCGUCUGUGAGGUGGCACUUGCCUCCCAAGCACACAGCAGUUUACCCAUCACAGGGGUGGGCCCCUUGUAUUGUCUGCAUGGUACUGCCCUCAUGUUGCCUAUAGAUGGGGCCCAGGGGGUUCAGGUGAGGCCACACCUGCAUGUGGCAGAGCACGGCCAUGUACGUCACACAGCUCCGUGUCACCUCCAGCCCUGCAUCCUUGCUGCCAUUGUGAGCCAUGUUGCCUUAUCGGCCAACCAGCAAGGAGGGGGUUGCCAACGUUGGUUACGGCAGGGCACCCAAAAUCUCUCUUCAGGACUGCAAGGUUGCAGGCUCAAUUCUUGCUAUGGACUGCCAUUAUAGCCUUCACCAAGAUACUUAGAAUGAAUUAUUUUGGUAGGCAACCAGCAGUGCAAACAUAUAUGUACAAUUCAAGCUGGUAGUGUUUUUUUUUUUGCACAGAGGUGUCGGCCACACAAGUAGAUAUUGAAACGUAACAAAAUGUCAGAAGGGAGGAAGCACGUUUCCGUUCUCUGCAAUGUGAGCCUGUUUCAGCCAGUGGGUCUGGAUGCGUGCCUUGAGGGUGCUGUUGCUGCAAGAUGCUGUCACAGGGUCAUUAGCCACAUCCUGGAUGAUAGAGCACUUUAACUGGAGUGAGUGUGUUGGGCAUGUAACGAUGCACCCACAACAGUUCUGAGGUUUGUAGGUAGGCUGUACAGACUGGAGAACUUUCAUGCUGGUAUUUCAUAAAGUGCACAAUAUUCUGUACGUUUGUCACAUUUAUUGUGGGGUAGUAAAUGAUGGUGAUUAUGAUGAUGCUGCUGCUGAU